AUGGCCACCCUCAUCAAGACCGCAUGGGCCACCGUGCUACAUCAAGAGACCCACUCCCGGGAUAUCGUCUUCGCCCAGAUAGUCAACGCACGGGACAUCGACCUCCCCGACCUCGACUCCCUGAUCGGCCCUUGCCUCAACAUCAUCCCGGUCCGCGUCUCUUUCCCUCCUGCGCCUGCUCCUGAUAUCCCAGAAACCACAAACGCCAUCCUCACCGCCGUGCAGACACAACACGCCCAGUUCCCGGAAUGCAGCACCUGCCAAUGGCAAGAGAUCGUCACCCAGUGCACCGAUUGGUCGAAGAACAGCAACAGCAGCACAGUGAGCUCGAUCGUGCUACACGAGAACUUCGACGCGAAGCCCGAGGUGGAUCUGGGUGGGGGACGGAGGUGGAAGAUGCGGUCGCCCAUCCUCUCGAAUCCUCCGGACCAGACGAUCUUUUUGACGACGUGGCCCGAGCGGGAUGUGCUUUGCGUGAUGUUUUCCGUGUCGAGUCGCGACGCCAGCAUCAUCAGCGACGCCCAGACCGAUUUGGUAAAUGCCGACGAGACCUUCCCCGUGCUUCUCGAGCAGAGCCAACAGCCGGAGUUCUACGUCUACACCAAGGCCCUUGCGGAGUCGUACGUCCUGUCCCAGGACCAGCGCCAGCGCCGGCGAGCCACCCACCCCUUCCUGACCUGCGCGAUCCGGCCCUCGGGCAUCUUCGGCGUCGGCGAUCUCGUCGUGCUCCCGGGCAUCCUGGACGCGUAUUUCCGCGGCCAGACGCAGUGGCAGAUUGGCGAUAAUCAGAAUCGCUUUGACUUUCCGGAGAGUACGAACGUCGCGCACGCGCAUUACCUGGCGGCUGCGGCGCGGGUGGCUCAACUUGAGAAAUGUCACGACUCGCCGGAUGAUGAGGAUGAUGAGGGUGACGAUGACAAGACAAAGGUGGAUGGGGAGGCCUUUUUCAUCACCAACGAUGAGCCGCGCUGCUUCUGGGACUUCACGCGGCUGGUGUGGACGUUCGCGGGGGAUACGACGCCGCGCGAGCGGGUGUGGGUGAUACCCCGGCCGUGGGCCCUACGCCUGGCCGGCGUCUUGGAGUGGACGUUCUGGGCACUGGGGCUGGGCCAGCCCCCGUUGACCCAAACCGAAGUGCGGCUCAGCUGUAUGACGCGGUAUUUUUGCAUCGAUAAAGCGAAGACGCGGCUUGGGUAUCGGCCGGUGGUGGGGCUCGAGGAGGGACUGCAGCGCGCGGUGGAGGACUGUUUGAGUCGGCGGGCCGCUGAGGACGAGGGCCUGAAGAAACGUUCUUGAGAAGAUGGUUUCCUGAAAAACGGUAGCGCGUGGGACUGUGCCUUUCAAAUGAACUGAUAUAGAUAGGAGACAUCUUCGUGAAUAUGAAUUCCGAGUCGAUCCGGGGCUUGAG